GAGUAUUACCAGACACAAAACUAUGAACAACGAUGAUUUGUAUCGCCCAGGGGUGCGUUUCCCGAAAGCAUCGUUGGUGAACCAUGGUCGUAAGUCCCAUUGAACUCUAAUGGUAACGACGGAACUUGCGACCAUAGUUCGCUUCGGGAAACGCACCCCAGACCUGUCCACUACGAUUCCCACUACAGCUUUGCUUAUACAUAUUAAUUAAGUUGUGACGUUCUUAGAGCAGACCUACCUGAUUUGCUGAAUGGUAUGUGCAGCUGGUAGAGCUUACGUAGAGGCUCGCCUCAUGAAUAUUAAUUAGGCUGUUCUCAGGAAGUUGAACAGUACGUAAUUAAUAUUCAUUGUAUCAAGUCUUACGCCACAGUAGUACACAAAUCACCUGUAGGCUACUCGUAUGUAAACUGAAUAAAUGUUUUCACCAGAGACCGACUGAUGACUUAAAGUACAGAGCUGUAGAUAUUUCAUAUAGUUCAUGAUCUGAAAUUGUGUCGGCUAAUUUUUUUUUAAACCACACCCCACACAACACUUAAACAGGUGAGGUCACGUCAGCUGCCGUCACUGACUGUACCGUGUGCUUCGGCAGGUGAGUGCGUUAUGAAAACAUUACAUUUUACCUAUGUAUUAUUUAUUGUUUGUAAUAGUGACAGGCAUCUUUUAAGUAACAUAUUUGACACCUGUCAAAUAUAUGUAACUCUACAACACUGUAAUAUUGAAAUAUAUGUAAAUAAGUUUUCUAAGCGAAAUGGAACGUCCUCUUUUCGUUGUGUAAAAUCCACAUUAAACAAGUUUGGAAAUUUAAAAGUAACGAGUUUGUGAGUCAUUACGAUGAAAAAUAUGUGUGGACUGUCAAUAUAUUGUGUGGACUAAUAUUUAUAGCUGCCUAUACAUGACAUGUUAAGAUUUAAUUUAAUUUACUUUAACAGUUAGUCCUUUGUUUUAUUAAUUUUAAGGCUUUUUUCCACACUUUUUUCUUAAUUCUAAAAAUCUCUGGACAGUUCAACUAGAUUUAAAAUCUAUUUUAAAUCAAUUUCAGGUAUUGAAAAAAAAACAUGUUCAUCAUAGAAGUAUUGUAGGCUAUAUAAGUAAUUCUCUGAAUGAAUUGUACUUGAAUGUAUUUUUAAGAAUUUUAAUACACCAGAGAUUUGUAUAUUUGUCCAUAAAAUUACAUCAAGUUAUUUGUUCCUUUAGGACCAAUGGAUGUCAUGGCUGUGCCUUUAUCUCAUGACAGCAAUGAUGCAGCAUUCGGGUGGUUCACAGAAUUCCAGCGCAACUGCAUUUUGAAGAACGGAAUUGUUCCAGAAUGGUUCCACGGCAUAAUAUCCAGGAAGGUUGCAGAGGAUAUGCUGAUUUGCAAACCUCCUGGUUACUUCCUCAUUCGUGUUAGCGAGAGCAGAGUGGGUUAUACAUUAUCUUAUCGAGCUGAAGAUCGCUGCAGACACUUCAUGAUUGACGUCUUGCCAGAUAACCAGUUCAUUAUAGUGGGAGAAAAUACACACUACCGUUCACUCCAUGACUUGGUGGCCUUCCAUCGCAGAAGCCCCAUUUUACCCUACAAUGAACUGCUGACUGUGGCUUGUGAACAGGGUGGCAACAAUAACUACGCUGAGUUGUUAUUUCCUCGAAAGAAAGAUGUAAACACUGGACAGGUUGAAUGGAUAAAUUCUUCACCACAAGCACAUAUGCCUCGUUCAGAUAUCUUGGAACACAGCACGACUUCGCCGCUCCAAAACGAAUCGCCUGUGCCACCUACAAGUCCUUCUGCUAGACUGUAUCCAAGCUUGGAGACAGAACUGACCACUUUGAAUCUACAGAGCAUGGAUCAGCCAACAAAGCCUGUUCCAAAACCUAGAACAGUAUUUACUUCCACAACUCACGACACACCACCACAGUUACCACCCAGAAUGCGCUUGCCAAGUCGCCCGCAAGCAACAGCGGAGGCUGACAGAUCUCAAGGGUUGAUGUCUGUGAGCCCUGACAGACAUCAAAUCACAGCCGACUCACCCGUUGAAGGCCGUACCCAACAGAAAAUCCAACAACAGUUGAAACCUGUGGUCUUGGGCCUGGCGCAAAUUAAGAAAAAGCUUAAAAAGAAGCACUCAGAGGAGCACACGUAUGAGGAGAUCACUAACAAUGCGUGUCAGGAGGAUCCGACUUUUCCUGUUUUGGAGAGCAGGACCGUGAACCCUAAACAAGUGAUGGAAAAUGAGUAUCAGGAGUUAUCUGAAUGUCAGUCAUCUGACGGUAUUCCCAACUUUGCAGAUAUAGAGUUACCAUUGGAGUACCUAAAUCCCCCUCCUUUUGCACCUGGUUAUUAGAUAAAAACAUAAAGAGUGUUUUUAUUUGACGUUUUAUUGCCAUUGAAUAGUGUCAAUAGCUCUUUGUUGUGAUGUCCUUUUUCAGUAUGUAUUUACAUUUCUGACACAUCAUGUUCCGAACAGAGGUUUGUCAUCUGGAAAAACCUGUUUGACACGGUAAAAUAUUUCAAUAUAACAAUGACAGAAUGUGUUGUGCCCGUGGGAAUGAAUUUCUUUAUACUUCCAGAUUUUACUUCCUAAAAUCAAGCACUGUACAUAUCGGUAGAAACACACUGUAAAUAUUUGCUUUUUACUGCAGUUGGUCAAUAAAUGUACAGACAAUCCAAGAAA